AUGUCUACAAACACAAAAUGCUUUAAAUGUCACGAACAUUUAACUCAUUUAGAGGACAUAUUUCAAUGCAGUAUUUGCAAUAACCAAAUUCAUUACUUCUGUAAUGGAAUUUCUGAAAUAAACUUUAGAAAAAUGUCCAAAAAUACGAAAGCGCGUAUUACGUGUACCACUUGCACAACCAAGCCAAAUAGCAAACCCACUAUCGAACCAACAACCAAACUAGAAGACAAAAUCGAAGAUCUUAUAAAAUCGGUGAGUUUUAUGAGCCAAAAAUUUGAUACUUUUGAAACCAAAUUAGAAAAUAUAUUUAAAGAAAUUAAAUCAAUCAAAAACGAUAAUGAACAAAUCAAAAUAGAAAAUGCUAGACUUACCAAAGAUAUGAAUGAACUUAAACACAAAAUCGAACAGAUAGAACAACAGAACUUAGGUGUAAGUAUAGAAAUUACCGGAAUACCCAAAACAGAAAACGAAAACUGUUUAGAUAUAGUAAAGAAAAUUGGAGAAAUAAUCAAAACUAAUGUAAACGUCACUGAAGCCAAAAGAAUAACAAUGGAAAAAUCUAAAACUAGUAUAAUUAUUGCGAAACUUGAGUCUAAAGAAAAUAGAAGUCAAUUAAUCCGAAAUUCAAAACUAAAUAGACUGAACUCAAACAUGUUAGUGAAGAACUGGUCAGUUGAAAAUAAAAUUUAUAUUAAUGAACACCUCACGAAGGAAAGACGGAUUCUAUUUGCUAAAUCAAGACAAGUUGCCAGAGAAAAGAAUUUCAAAUUUGUAUGGAUAAAUAACGCCGACAUCUUAAUAAGGAAAGACGAAAAUUCAAGAAUCUCACGCAUAAGAUCAAUCAACGACUUAGAAAAACUAAUUCCAUUUUAA